AGCAAGAACAAGUUGGAGAACUGAAAAUAGUGAAACAAUUCAGUGAUGAUAUUGGUAUGGAAUUCGGACUUGAGAAAUGUGCCAAAGCCAGUUUCAUGAAAGGUAAACUGGCCUCAACUGGAAACAUAGUAAUAGAUGUUGACACAGAAAUACAAGAGUUGGACCAGGAAGGAGUAUACGAAUACCUGGGUGUAGAUGAAAGUGAUGGUAUCCAGCAUAGCAAAAUGAAAGAGAAGAUAAAUAAUAGGAGAGUAAGAUUAAUCCUAAGAACUGAGCUCAAUGGAAGAAACAAAAUAGAAGCUAUCAAUAGUCUUGCAGUCCCAGUUGUGCAAUAUAGCUUUGGCAUCAUUGACUGGAAAAUCUCAGAACUGAAGAAGAUUGACACAAAAACACGCAAACUACUGAACAUACACAAGAUGUUACCUCCUAAAGCAGAUGUGGAAAGGCUGUACAUCCCAAGAAAAGAUGGAGGUAGGGGCCUGAUUGAUGUAGAAACAGCAUUCAAAAUUGCAACAAUAGGACUUGGUCACUAUCUGAAGCACAAGGAAGGGCAAUAUCCAAAGCAGGUGCUUGAACAUGAAAGAUCUAAAGCCAAAAAUUCAAUAUCCAAGAAUGCUACUAAAUUCAAAAGGGAAGUAACAAUGCCAGAGAUUGAGUACAGAGAAGAUAAAUCUGCCUCUGAAAAUGCUAAAGCCCUGAAACACGUGUUUAAGUCCAGGAUGAAGUCAAUGAAAGAAGAAAAGUGGAAAAACAAAGCAUUACAUGGCCAGUAUCCAAAGAUCCUAGAGAAGCCUCAUGUAGACACAGUCACCACCAACAAAUGGUUGUCAAGUAAUUUGAAAGGAGAAACAGAGGGACUACUAGUUGCAGCUCAAGACCAGGCAAUAAACACCAGAAACUACCAGAAAGUAAUAUGUGGCCAGCAAGUAGAGAGGAAAUGCAGAUUGUGUUCGCAACAUGAAGAGACAGUGGACCAUAUUGUAUCUGGAUGUGAGGUAUUAGCCAAAACAGAGUACAUCUCCAGGCACAAUAAUGCUGCAGCAUAUCUCCAUUGGAGCAUAUGUAAAGAUCAUGAUAUAGAGAUUACAGACAAAUGGUACGAACACGAACCAGAGACCGUGAUACACAAUAAAGAUAACAACAUCACCAUCAUGUGGGACAUGCCAGUCAAUACUGAUAGAACUAUAACAGCGAACAGACCAGAUAUCAUCGUUAAAGAUUCAGUGAAUUCCACCUGCAAACUUAUUGAUAUGACUGUUCCAUCAGAUAGAAACAUCGCACUGAAGGAAACUGAAAAAAAAAUGCAAGUACAAAGACCUAGAACUAGAAAUACAGAGAAUGUGGCAUAUGAAAACAGUAGUGAUCCCGAAUAUUUGCGCUUGGUACAGUGAAGAAGGGUAUAAUCAAGAAAGUAUCAGAAAGAGCUAUCAUGACAGUUCUAUUGAAAAGAAACAGAAUGAUUGACUUGAGUGACAAAAGGGUUUGCGUCCUGAAAAAAAGAACACCAGCAAAGACUGUAAUAAUAGAGAGAACUAAAAAAUAAAAAAAAAAUAACGCGAAUAUUUGUACAGGAUAACCUAUCAGUUCUAUUGAAAAGAACUGUUGUCGAAAGGGUCCUAUAACUAAUUAAUAACAGAGAACUAAAAAAUAAAAAAAAAUCGAAAGAGGAAAAUGAAGUAAAGUAACCCUAAGAAAUCUAAGAUUCAAAAAUCAAAAUCUUCAAAAUCAUUGACCUUAUAAGACUGAAAAGAGUUGUGAAUUAUGGAAUACUAUUUUAAAACUCUUUUAAAUUACUUUUAAAAAGUAACCUAGAAUUUAAAUUUCUUAAAUGCUGAAGUAAAGUAUUGCAAACUAGAGCCCCUUGAAAGGCAAAACUUCUCCCUCCAAAUUCUAAUUUGGCUUUGGGGAGUUUUAGUGAACCAAAUUGUUUCUAGUGUUAAUGUUGUGUUCAAUUUUGUAAAGUAUCCUUUAAAAGGGGUACAGACGUUAUCUUAAAGACAAUCAAACACAAGCUGGCAGGACUGUCUCUUUAUUAAACUCUCCACUGUCGCUGACUUUCUGACUUCGACGUUUAAUGCUUUCAAUUCGACUUUACGGGAACGUGACCAAUAGAUACCCAAAGUUCCACAAUACGUAAGAACAGGUUCAAUCAUUGCUUUGUAGAUUUUCUCAGCACUCAGUUCAAGGAAUGCCAGUUUGAUUUUCAUUCUCUAUUUUUUAUUGCAGGUGUGAAGGAUGUGAGUCAGUCCUUCGUAGCAUAGAAAAACAGAUACAAAGAGCAAAUUCACACAAAGAAAAAAAGCAGAAACAGAAGAGUCAAGUCGAAGUAGAGGUAACUGCUGUGUCCUUUUAGGUUGUUUUGUGCAUCCUGGGUACUAGGCUUUUAUGUGCGGUUCCUGGUCUCGGUCAAGUCUUUUAUAGUGCCCCGCGCGAAAAGCGACAAGUUUUUUCUAGAUCUGUCACCCUCCUACUACAUUAAAGAAAACCGUCGCACGCGACAAGAAACCUCUGGUAUGCAUGGUAAAAAGAAAUUCUGAAUAAUAAGGCUUUUCUUAGCCACAAUUGAAAGCAGCAACUGAAAGCAGCAACUCUUGGUACAGAGAAACACAAAGAUAAAUAAAGAACGUAAUGGCGUCGUUAUGUUGCCAUGGCGACUCCGAUUGCAAUAAAACCCAGAUCAUAAGAAAUUUCCAUCUUUAUAUAAUGUAGUCGUGGUAGUCUUUUCCCCAUAACUUUUCUCAUGGCGACGUAGUUAAAUGCUCUUCCACUCUAAUUGUGUCAUUGCAUUUUCCAUUUUCCUACUGCAAUUGAAAACCAUAACAUAACAAUACUGGCUUAUUAAAUCGUCAGAACCGCGCAACAAAUUCCAAACAAGGUCACUUUGGCCAGUUAAAAGUUAUAUAAACAGUUAGGUCAAGCUACGGUGGUUGGGAUUCGUUGUUAGCUUUCUGUGCUGUGAUAGGUUAAUGGCGCUGCAAUCUCUAGGCUCGAUUUGCGGUCUCGUUCCUUGAGCGCGCGCUCAUUUCCCGAACAACUGGUACUUGAACUUAUGCAAUCUCUUCAAUGAUUAAUCCUUGUUUUUUUCUUUGCUAAAGGUUGAAAAUUUGAAAAAGGUGAUCAAGGCAUCUUCUCAGUCUGAUUUGGACAGCGGAGCCGUGUCAGGAAUGCCGGCUGCUUAUCACAGUCAACAAUAUCAACAGAAAGCUCCAACUACAACUAAAACCAAAGGGUCAGUUUAAUUACUCUGCUAACUGGGAUAUAAGAGCGCAUUGGUGGGUUCUCUCCUUUCACUUAUGGCCUCUUCAUAUAAGCGUGUCCUUGUUUGAAGGUGGUUACAAUCUUUCCUUUUUUUAAGAAUGUUAAGGAUGUUUUAAGAGAAAGAGUGAAUAGACCUUUCCCGUAUUUCUCUCCAGUUAGCAAGCAUGAAGAAAUGAGGUCGAGGCUCGGGUGGACAAUUUCAUACAAAUCACUGUAUUUUGUCCACCCGAGCCUCGACUUGAUGCCUUUGUUUACAGGAAUGCGGGAAAGGUUUAUAGAUGGCGUGAGACACAGUCACUUUUCUGGUGGUCCUGGAAAAUCUGGAAAAUCUGGCCAAAAAGAAGAUAGAACACGGGUUUUCUUGUCGUUCUAGGGGAAAAUUUCCGGGAGCAACGGAACAUCUGACAGAAUGUUUCAAACAGAAAUUCGUUUACCAUUUGCUAAAACCCAUAUUUGAUACUAAUUUCAGGCUUCCCCAGCCGUUUUUUGGUAAAAGGAUCUGAGAUAUGCAAAUGGUAUUGACGAUUCUGGGAUGAAGUUUAACAGUCCUGAUUUUUUCUUACCAUUUGCUCAAUCUGUGAACCGACCGCUUUGCCCAUGUAAAUGGUGAAAAACCCUCGUUUCUCGUUUCUCUUGUUAAUGAGAUAACGCUAACCAGCCCAGCUUUUAAGAAGAGCCUUUCAGGGAUCCGCUGCCCAAAGGUGAUGUUAUACGGGACGAUUUUUAGGACAACAGAGGGCUGCAAUGUUGGAACAAUGUUGUAACCAUUCGAAACAAUGUCGCAACAAUGUUACAAUGCUGUGUUGCGCUAAAAGUCGUUGUUGCGAAUCGUCUCGUGUAACAUCACCUUAAACGUACAGUAUCUUCAAACUUUAGGGUUUUGCUUCCAUCGUGAGGAUUUUACGUAAUAAGCCCCUUAAAAGUUAUCCCUGACCUGACAAAUAUUUUCCUUUCAGUUUUGAUGGAAAGGAAAAAUGGCAUUUUUUCCUGGUUGAGGAAAACUUUGCCCAUGAACACUUGUGUUUUUUCUUUGCAGAUUGCGCGGAAGCGGUAAAGUUUUUCAAGUCCGUAGAUGACUGAAGCUCAAAAGGAAUGGUUUUCCUUUUUAUGUUUGUUGACGUUUUGUAUUUCUUCAUAAUUGAAGCUUAUAAGCAGACUUCUGUCAUAUUGUAGGGGAGAAUACUUUCGACUUCUGCUGCAACCGAAUGGACUGAGUAGGGUGAACAAUCACGUGACUCGACGAACACUUUCGAAAUGAUGAUAAGCGAUCACGUGGCAAUAUGAACGUUUUAUUUUAACUCUAGCCUACCGUUCAAAUGAAAUUUUGUACAUGGUAAUCGACCAAUCAAAAGUUGAAUUGAAGCGUGCGGUCGGUGUUAAAAACUUGGGAAACGCACGUUAAUUAGCCAGUCGCGUUAGUCACGAUUAUUUUGCGUUUGCCUUUGACUGGCUAAGGGCCUGUUUAAUGGAGGAAGGUAGGUGAGGUUAAUUAGCCAACCCGCCUGUCCAUCGCGUUAUUUUAUUUUUGCCUUAUGUUUACAUAAUAAAAACGUGGUUGCACGAAAUUAGGUUUACCCCACCUAAGGGUUAAUACACGACCAACCCCACCUCAGGCUGUAAUUCAACGUUUUACAAGGGACAAUACACGAGCAACAAGACCUCUUUCUGUGAUUCACCAUUUUCAUAAAGACCAUAAUACGUCUUGUUUACCCCCCAAAAUUUUGUUUCAGUUUCUCCUGGGUAUUUCAGUCGUCCUAAGAGAAAUCAAAGACAAUGGUUAUGCAAAAUUUUAAGGGUUAAACAAGGUGCAUUAUGGGCGACGUGAAAAUAGUGAAUAGCCCACGAUCGAUAUAUUAAAACUCUAAAAUGACUCCGACGCUUUCUCGUCGUUUUUCUAUAUUUGGUUUGGUUUUCUUUGUGCUCAAUUCUCUUCUGGGAAUUGCGAGACAAGGGAGUCGUAAAAAAAUGACAGUUUUGAUCCUAAAGCCUCGGAGUCUUGUGAGAAUUUUAAUAUAUCGAACGUGGGCUGUUCGUUAAAAAGCUCAUUAAAGCAGCAGGAAAAAGGCAGCUGUGACGGUUAAACAGGUUUCGCCAGUUUUAAUAUGUCGAGUUGCAGCUGCUGUUAGCGACCAUUUUGUUACGACUAACGGCGGCUUAACGGGCAUAUUUCAGCUAAAGGUUAGUUCCGUCCUGUGUGUUCAUAUUUUUGGAGAAGUAUAUUAAAAUAAUUGUGAUAGCUCUGGAUUUUUUCCCCAACAGCACGCUCUCUCAUUGGCUCCUUGGAGACCACAAGACUUCUAACAAAUAUUAUUGAGAUUGUUAAAAAACUAACUUUAGUGUUUCCCCUUGACUGUUUCCUAACAAAUAAAACCUAUUCCAUUUACUAAAACCAGGCCUUCUCAACCUUAUGGGCCUUUGCUGCUAUUCAUCCACGAAUUCUCCAUUUGCACAUCUCCCAUAACACACCUUGUUGACCAUGUUUUUUUCGAGUGGGGGAGGGGGAAGGGGGAAGGUGCUUCGUUGGAAAUGAGGCGAUAAACAUUUUAACUGAUGAUUCAAAGGCUGAUUUUUGCCAACUGAGGGUUUAAAACAAAGUCUUGACGAUCUCUUUUCCUAGUACUUGUGCACUGCUUUUUCUUGUUAACCGUUGAAGCCAUAAUUUACAUUUGUGUUCAUCGCUAAGCUGCCUUGGAAAUAUCACUACGCUAAGUCAAUCAAAGUUUAGGCGGUAUGCUCGCACCAUAACGGAUAGCUUUUAGUGCCGACACGACGAAAGUCAUCCGUUAUAGUAUAAACAGCAAC